CGAAAUUAUUGUAAAAACAUAUCAAAAUGUGUAUGAAUACCUUUUUAUAUUGUCAAUAUCCAUGCUGCAUCGGGCAAGUGCGUUUUAUAGUUGCAACAUUUGCCUUACUGGCUGUUAUGGUGGGAUUCGCACAACAUGCCUCAAUGAGCAUCGCCAUCGUGGAAAUGGUAGAUAGCCAAAUGAAGAAUGCUUCAUGCUUCGACUCGGCCUUCUUGCACGUGCCCAACAUGGAGCUGAAUAUCUCAGGCGAAAGAAUGAAAUGGUCUGAAAUUGAGCAAGGAUUCAACCUCGCCGCUUUUUACAUCGGCUAUGUGAUAACUACCAUUCCAGCUGGAAUCUUAUGCGACAAGUACGGGGCCCGCUAUGUUCUCUUAUCCGCCACCUUAUUAUCAUCGCUAGCAACUGUGCUGAUUCCGAUCGGAGCAAGCAUGGCAAGAUGGUGGGAGGUGUGUAUUCUGAGGGUUGUCAAAGGCCUCGGUCAAGGUGCGAUAUUUCCCUGUGUGUCUUCGCUGAUAUCACGUUGGAUACCGCCUUUGGAACGCUCCACGGUGGUAGCAGCAGUAUUUGCUGCGAAUUCUAUAGGAAUAGUUCUUGGAUAUACAUGCACUGGAUUGUUGAUUUAUUACUGGGGAAGUUGGCCAGUAGCUUUCUACUUCUGGGCAGGCGUUGGCUUGCUCUAUUCCUUAUUAUACGGUGUCUAUGUAUUUUCCGAUCCCCAAACACAUCCUCAACUGCAUAAAUCUGAGUUUGAUUAUUUAGCGAAGACAAUGGUGAUGAAAAAAAGCAUCGGAACUCCAUACAAGUUGAUUUUUCAAGAUAGAUGCGUUUAUGGCCUCAUUAUCUGCCAAAUGGGCCAUGAUUUAUUGUUGUAUACACUAAUCAAUAAUUUUCCUAAAUAUUUAAAUCAAGUUUUGGGUUUCAACAUCAUGGAAAACAGUUUAAUGGGGCUACUCUUUCUGUUACUAUGGGUGUCUGGAUUCUUCGGCGGUAUGUUAGCAGAUUUCCUCAUUACAAAGAAAAAUAUCAGCGUAACAUUAAUUAGAAGAUUAUAUACGUCAACGUCCAACCUUGGUUCGUAUCUUUUCGUCUGCUUUGCUGUGAUAGCACGAUGUCGAAUGGAGUACGCGAUCACCAGUUUUGCCGUAGCAAUUUUUCUAAAAGGCUUUUUCUACACUGGCGGUUUUGCAAAUAUCAUCGAUAUUAGCGUCCAUCACACCGGUUUCAUAAUUUCACUUAUAAAUUUAUUGGGCGCUACAAUGGGUGUUACGUGUUCCACUAUGAUCGGCUUCCUUGCACAACAUAAUACUAUCGAAGAAUGGGAAUUAAUUGUGGCAGUGAUGGGACUUUUCGAAGUAAUGUCGAUAUUGCUCUAUUUCGCUCUAUCAACUGCAAGAAGACGUGACUGGGACUAUGCAGAAGAUGAAGAAAUGGAACCCCGACCGUUGCAAAAAAGAUGGUACAAACACCUAUCUGAUUCGGAUCAUGAACUGCGAAUGGAAGAAGAGCGACGUGCCCAUGAAGUCUUGAAAGAAAAUGCGCGAACUGCACGAGCACAAAUGAAAGAAGACAUCCGCAACAGAUGAAGGCAAUCAAUGUCCACACAAGUACUUGUAAUAAAUAUAUUAAAGCUGUGUAAAUAAUACUUAUCUAAGGAUUGCUGAAUAAAUAUGUAAGUAAUUC